AUGCAAAUCAAUAGUAGUUUAGAUUGUAAUAAUAACAAUGAUGAUGAUAGAAGUAAAUUAUUUAAAAGAUUAAUACAUUCACAAUUGAUAAGAAAUCAAAUAUUUAAUUUAAUUAAGAUCAUCAAUCGUCAAGAAGGUGCAUAUUAUUAUGAUGAAUUAAAGUUGGAUUUCAGAUCGAUCUUGGAGAAAGCUGUUCAAUAUGGUCAUCUUCCAAUAGUUGAAUUCAUACACAACAAUGUCAAAGAUGCAAGUGUUUUUGAUAGGAUAUUAGACAAGUCAGUAGGAACAUCUCAACUUUCAAUGAGAGAUAUCGCAGCCUUGAUGAGAAAUAGUGAUAAUAGAAAACCUAAACCACAUUUAAUGGAUUUAGCAGCACAACACGGUCAACUGGAGAUUUUAAAGUUUCUUCAUAUCAAUCGAACUGAAGGAUGUUCAACCGAUGCCUUUGGUUUGGCUGCUUCCAAUGGACAUUUGGAAUGUGUAAAAUUCCUUUAUCAUCAUCGAAAAGAAAGUACCACAGCUACUCGUGCUAUUGAUGGAGCAGUUAGCAAUGGACAUUUGAACUUGGUUGUCUUUCUCCAAAACAAUAUGCCUGAAGAUAUUUCUAAAAAUAGUUUGGAAGUUUCACUUGCAGGUAAUCAUAUCGAGGUUAUCAAAUACCUCUUAACAAAUCAAACAGAAAGACUACCUUCAAACUAUAUUAAUUUGGUGGCUUGUUUUGGUCAUCUUGAAAUGCUCAAAUCUUUACUCACAGAAAGACCAGACCAAGUUGACAUGAAUGUUAUCAUAGAUGAAGUUGCCUACCAUGGACAUUUAUCAGUCAUUCGAUACCUUCUCGAGAAUACCGCUGCACAGUGUACACACAAUACAAUGACAAUUGCAGCAGAAAAAGGACACCUAGAAAUUAUCAAGUAUCUCCAUUUCAAUCGAAGGGAAGCGUGCCCUCAAGAAGCAUUAUAUCUUGCUGUAGCAAAUAAACAUUUCGAAGUUGUCAAAUUCAUUGUUGAAGUCAUACAAAUCGAUAUUGCACCGUCCAGCAUUUCGUUAUCCGAACUACAUCGUUUCGAAAUUUUCAGAUAUCUCUAUGACAGAAUGCCAGAGAACACAAACGUAGACCCAAGUACUACGAGAAUAGAUAUGUUUUUCAGUGAAGAACAUGAUCCAUCUGAUUUCGAUUGGUUGAAAGAAAAAGGAUUUCAAUUUUCCAACAUGUUAUAUUUUUUUGCGGAUAGUGCCAAAAGUAAAGUUACUUUUAAAUGGCUUCACGAGAACACAACACAUCCGAUUGUAAGCAUGCAUACCCAAAGCGCAAUAAUCAGUGGUCAUCAUUCAAUUGUUGAAUAUCUCAAUGAAGUUGGAGCACCAUUCCCACAAUACCCAAUGGAUAUUGCACAUGAUCUUCAGAUGCUCACUUAUCUCCAUCGAAAUAGAACUGAAUCGUGCACAAUACAAGCAAUGGACAAUGCAAUCAAUGUUGGGGACAUCCAAAUGAUUAAAUAUCUCAAACAAAACAACUUUGAAAUUCAACAAAACAAUCAACCGAAACUAUUCGGUAUGCAACAGAAUAGUCUUUUUGUUGAAUACAAUUCAAGACUUGAAUUAAUAAAGAGUAAUAAUCUCUAA